GACUCCGCCGGGAACCUCCCGGCCGGCGCAUCCGCUCCUGUGGGAGGAGGCCGCCCCCCUCCCCCCCGGUCCGGCGGAGCGGCAGCGGCAGCAGCGGGUGCAUGUGCGGCGGCGGCGGCGGCCAGCCGGCCGGGAGGAUGCGGGUCAAAGUGCUGAGCCGGAACCCCGAUGAUUAUGUCCGCGAGACGAAGCUGGACCUGCAGCGCGUUCCAAGAAAUUACGAUCCUGUAUUGCAUCCUUUUGAGGUUCCACGGGAAUACACAAGAGCUCUGAAUGCAACAAAGCUAGAACGCGUGUUUGCAAAACCCUUUCUUAGCUCACUUGAUGGCCAUAGAGAUGGAGUUAAUUGCAUGGCAAAACACCCGAAGAGUUUAUCUACAGUGCUUUCUGGAGCUUGUGAUGGAGAGGUUAAAAUCUGGAACUUGACCAAACGACAGUGCAUUCGUACUUUACAAGCCCAUGAAGGCUUUGUGCGAGGGAUUUGUGCUCGUUUCUGUGGUACCUCAUUCUUUACUGUUGGUGAUGACAAAACUGUGAAGCAAUGGAAAAUGGAGAGCCCAGAAUAUGGAGAAGAAGAAGAACCGAUUCAUACAAUUCUUGGAAAGACUGUGUAUACAGGAAUUGAUCACCACUGGAAAGAAGCUGUUUUUGCCACCUGUGGCCAUCAAGUGGACAUCUGGGAUGAACAAAGGACUAGCCCCAUGUGUUCUCUGACAUGGGGUUUUGAUAGCAUAAGCAGUGUAAAAUUUAAUCCCAUUGAGACAUACCUUUUAGGAAGCUGUGCUUCUGACAGGAAUAUUGUGUUGUAUGAUAUGAGACAAUCAACUCCAUUAAAGAAGGUUAUCUUGAAGAUGAGGACAAAUACAUUGUGUUGGAACCCCAUGGAAGCGUUCAUUUUCACUGCAGCAAAUGAAGAUUACAACUUAUAUAGUUUUGAUAUGCGCUUUCUUGCAUCACCUGUGAUGGUGCAUAUGGAUCACGUGUCUGCUGUUCUUGAUGUGGAUUAUUCACCCACUGGGAAAGAAUUUGUGUCUGCCAGCUUUGAUAAAUCUAUCCGCAUUUUUCCUGUUGACAAAGGUCACAGCAGGGAGAUAUAUCAUACAAAGCGAAUGCAGCACGUCAUCACUGUAAAAUGGACUUCGGAUAAUAAAUACAUUCUGUGUGGCUCAGACGAGAUGAAUAUUCGUCUUUGGAAGGCUAAUGCUUCUGAAAAACUGGGAGUGCUUACACCACGAGAAAAGGCAGCUAUGAACUACAACCAGAAGCUGAAGGAGAAGUUCCAGUACCAUCCUCAGAUCAAACGCAUAGCUCGGCACCGUCACUUGCCUAAAAGUAUCUUUUGCCAAGUCAAGGAGCAACGGAUCAUGAAAGAAGCUCGUAGGCGAAAGGAACAGAAUCGUCGUAAGCACAGCAAACCAGGAUCUGUGCCUUUUGUGUCAGAGAAGAAGAAACAUAUUGUGGCAGUAGUGAAAUAAUUUUUUUUCACAUUUACAAAAUGUCAUUUAAAAAAAUGUUUAAAUGAAUCCACUGUACAAAAUAUGAGGGUCAUUGGUAAGACAGUGUGGCUCUGGAUACAUUGCUUUUCUUCCGUGCAUACACUUGCUCUGAUUUCUCAGGUCCUUAUCUGCUUUGAGUAGUCCUAAGAGUUGGCCUUGAGUCUUUUAUUGACAUCCACAUGGCUGGUGUUACUGGGCCCAACUCCAUAGAUUUCAGUGGAGUUUCCCCCUUUUGAUAUAAGCAGAUAACUUGAUCCUUGGGGUAGGAUAUGUGUGGCUCCAAUUCCAUUCCUUGGUACCUUUCCUUCAAAAAAAAAAGAUUGAAUAUGAUUCAGAAUUGGCAGCAGCAAAUAACUUAGUUCCAUGUAUUAGAAUCAUAAAAUCAGUUGUCUUUACACUGACUUUUUACAGAAAUCUAAUGAAGUAAAAAAGUGACCAUAAAGCAAUGGGCUAGAUCGUGAUUAUUCCAAAUGACUAAUAUACUGCACUGUAUUUAUUGCAGAGCGAUAUAAAAUUUUCCUUUUAUCUAAAAGGAAUUCAACAUGACUGUCAGACCUCUGUAAACACAUUUAGAGUUUUGUUCUGUGUUCUUAACUAUUGUUACAAGACUUGACAAAACUUCAAAGACUGUUAAAGUUGCUAAUACUAAUAAUGAUGUUCUUGAAUAAAUAUCUUUUCUCUUUAGCUUAUUUAAAACUUGCACAAUUUGUCAUCUUUCAUCCAUGUUUUAGAAAACCCAAAAACUUCUUUAGAUGAGUUUUAUUAUAAGCCUCCUGUUUAAAGUUUGUAAUAAAAAAUAAAAGCAUUUCUAAAGGUA